CACCGUUCAAUUUGGAACUACUGCGCUAUAAACUAGGAAAGAACAAGAACUGAGAAUAUAGGGAGUGUCGUUUUAGCAAGCUGUAUUUUUCAGAUAAUAUGCAUGUCAUUUCGCGAUUUCUAUUAUUUGAAAAAUUAUUAGACACAUGCUUCGGUAGACGAUUCUGCAAAUGCUGAUGAUGCAAAGAGAGAGUCUGUACCAGCUAGCUACUUGUCAGAUCAUUUAGCAUGCUUGUUAACUAGCUUGCCAGAUAAACAUAGCUACUAUUGUUAAAGUUCAUUCGCUCAAUAUGAAGAUACAUUAUGUGGGGUUGUUGACAGUGUAAGCUAGCUUGCUCAAAGUUUGAGGUUCGGCUUCAGCUAGUUAGCAAGUUAACUAUCAUAUAUCUCUAGCUAUCUAACACAGGUAGUUGGAUAGGUAUCAGAUAUAACCUCAUCCAGGCAAGUCUUAAGAAUAUCCAGAAAACAUGUCGCCAAUUCCUGUCCUACCCCUUGUUAUCAACGGGUGUAUGUCUGCACUUGGGUCAUUGGCCACAUUAAAGCUAAUUCCAGCCUUCAAAGACCACUUCAUCUCAGCCAGGCUCUAUGGGAUGGAUCUGAACAAAACUAACAAGAAGGAAGUGCCAGAGUCUCAGGGCGUCAUCAGUGGGACCGUGUUCCUCAUUAUCAUGUUCUGCUUCAUCCCAGUGCCUUUCCUCAGCUGCUUUGUAGAAGAGCAGUGCACUGGCUUCCCACACAAUGAGUUUGUCCAGCUAAUCGGUGCUCUACUCGCCAUCUGCUGUAUGAUCUUCCUGGGUUUCGCUGAUGACGUGUUGAACCUGCGCUGGAGACACAAGCUCCUGCUGCCCACCAUAGCCUCCCUGCCGCUGCUCAUGGUCUACUUCACCAACUUCGGCAACACUGUCAUUGUGGUGCCCAAGCCCUUCAGGCUCUUACUGGGGAUGCACUUGGAUCUGGGUAUUCUCUACUAUGUCUACAUGGGCAUGCUGGCAGUUUUCUGUACUAAUGCCAUCAACAUCCUGGCAGGCAUCAACGGCAUCGAGUCAGGACAGGCACUCUUCAUCUCUGGCUCCAUCAUCAUCUUCAACCUGCUUGAGCUUGGUGGAGACUACAGAGACGACCACAUUUUCUCCCUUUACUUCAUGCUCCCGUUCUUCUUCACAACUUUAGCACUUUUCUACCACAACUGGUACCCUUCAUCCGUGUUUGUGGGAGACACCUUUUGCUACUUUGCGGGGAUGACCUUUGCAGUGGUAGGAAUCCUGGGGCACUUCAGCAAAACCAUGCUGCUCUUCUUCAUUCCUCAAGUGGUCAACUUUGUCUACUCACUACCCCAGCUAUUCCAUGUAGUACCCUGUCCCAGGCACCGCCUCCCCAGACUGAACCCAGACACAGGAAAACUAGGAAUGAGUUGGUCUAAAUUCAAAAGGAGGGACCUCUCCAAAUUGGGAAAUCUUAUUUUACAGGUGGCAGAGAUGCUGCGGGUGCUGGAAGUGAAGCGUGGACAGGAGGGCGAUGAUGAGUUUGUGGAGUGCAACAACAUGACCUUAAUAAACCUGGUGCUGAAGAUACUGGGACCCACACACGAGAGAGAUCUCACCACCAUCAUGCUGCUCAUACAGGUACUGGGGAGUGUGUUGGCUUUCGGGAUCCGCUAUCACCUGGUUCGCCUCUUCUACGACGUCUAGAGACGCCACAGCUACAGAGAGAAAGCUGAGAGACUACAGAGAGUGAUGUCCAACUAUGCUGGACCAACAACGUCUCAUCCAUGAUGAUGAUUUUGACUAUUGAUUCCUUGAUUAUUGCUUCACCUAUCCUUAUCUGCUUUAAAAUGGGUCUGUUUACAACAAGACUGACAGCUGAGGAUGACCUCAGUUCUUCAAAGGAAAAAGAACAGGUGAAAAAUCAUGCCACUUAAAGGCAUCACAAUUGAUAGAAUUCAGGAUCUGCUAAAUUAACUAUUUCAGGAUGAGCAAUUAAGCACUAAAUCAAGGGCAAUCAUACUGUUGUGAAAAGAAAGGCAAGAGGUCCAUGUACAGGUCAAAACCCAGUCUAUAUUGAGGAUGGCUACUCUUUGUGACAGACAGAUUGCAUAUGAAGGGAUUGGCAGGAUCUUUUUUUGUUAUUCUCUGAGGGGUUUAAAGCGUUUCUUUAGUCCUAGAGGAGUUGAGGGUGGAGGGAACUCAGAGCAGUAGUGGUGAGAUUACAAGGGCUACAUGAAGAUGUUACCUUUCUUAGUAUUAUCGAUUAGGAGGUGAAUUUUUAUGAACAAGAAGGACAUGGAAUGUGAACUUUUCUCAAUUUAUAAUGUAUUUGUAAGCUUUGCCUUCGUAAUGCUAAUUUCUUUUGACACUGGACAAUUCUGCUGGUUGUAGGAAUGUAAAUAUAAGUGUAAAAAACUUGA